AUGACUGCAAUGUUGAAAUCCGAACAAUAUUCAAAUUUUGUAUCGCCUAACCUUAAAGGUGUUCAUUCUUACUUUAAAACUAAAGAAGCUCAGGACUGGCGAAUUAAAAAUUAUCUAGUGUUUUGCUUGGAAGAAGACAAGUUAAUCUUACCUUGGGCAGUCGUUUAUGAUGAUUGGCAGAGAUCACUUAAGAUUCUUGUGAAGGCCAGUGCUAAACAAAUUCCAGGCAGCGUGCGUGCCUUCUGUGCUGAUCUAAUAAAAAUUGAUAGCACCGUCGAAGGCAUUAUUGUCCUGGAAACAUGUAAGAAUUUAUAUAAAGGCUUCCGGGAUCAGUUUCUUGACCUAGAGAUCGACGCAAGAAUCCAAAAGCUGGAAACCCUAUUCUCUCCAAUGGAUAGAAGCAAAAUGGAACAACCGUAUAAUGACAUAGAUAUAAUAAGAAUCAAUGCUCUCAAUCUCAUGUAUGAGGCUACUUCAUAUUUUGGGGGAGAUGUGUCAACUGAUGAUAAUAUAUCGGACGAUGAAAAAAAUGAAAUGCUACUCGCAGAGGUUACCGAUGGUAUACUUGCAAAAAAACUUUCUGAAGUUGGUAAAGGAGUUGCACGGUAUAAUGUCAUAUUCAUUCCCGAAAAUAUUAUUCCACGUGCUACAUUUUAUGAAGAGUGGCAAACUUUAGAAAAAAUAUUUAGCCAGAAAGAGGAAGAGAUUACUUCUAAGAUUUCAUCUCCAAUAAAGGAGGUUGAAAAUAUUCUUGAUAAAUACCGGGAGGCUUUGGUGAAUGCAACACAUAGAGGAUAUGUUAAACUUGAUUCCGUGUUUAUUGAUUAUGAUUUUCAAAAUGGAUUUGAAUUUCAAAGAAACUGGUUGGAAUACUGGGUGAAUAAUGUGUAUUGGAAAUUUUUAAUAUGUUUCUCGCUUUCAAAGCAUGUUCUAAUUGAUGGUUCAAGUAGCGAAUAUCAAUAUCGAGACUGGUUCGUAAAUUUAUUACUGGAAGAUCUUUUUUUGGACAUUAAUUGUCAUAUCCGAUUAAAAACUGGAGAAGUUGAAAAUAUUCAUCGAAAAAAUCAAAAGAUUUUAUCGAAUCUUUCUGACGAUAGACAACACAUAGAUUGGUAUCAUGACGGAAUCCUUACAGUUGACAUAAAUGGCGUCGAAGAAUAUAUUGGUAUUCUCGAAGUCGUAGGAAAUGCUGUUGUUGAAGAUCAUAUUAAGAUGGUCUCGGAUAGGGAUAAAAUUUUAAAGGCGAUGCGAUUAGCACUAUUUCAACUAGAACAAAUAUUUCGCUGCAAUGGUAUGAAUGAUGAGAAGCAACUUCAGAACAAUCUUGAGACGUUUGGAAUUCUUGUUUAUGGGAGACAUUUUAUUAUCUAUGCAAUGCAUUAUUAUGAAGGAUUAUAUCUAGUUGAUGAAACCGAUUUAUCAUUUAUACUUCCCAGCACACCGAUGGAAUUAUAUUUAGUGGAAGGCAUCAUUAAAAGGUUAUUGGUAUUUAGGGCCCGUGUAGAAUAUCUGCGUACUUGGAUACAAACACAAAUACGACUAGCAGAUACGACUACGCGUCAUUUACGACGGAUAACAACCCCUGUUAUGUUAUCUCCAGGCACUCCAAAUGUCAACCAACGUUUUGCACGCAUUAACGGUCCUACGCGAAAUCGUGAG